AUGUCUCUCACUUUUCAACAGUCCAUAACAAUGACUUCAUCAAAUAUUCGGCCCGUCAUCUCAACUUAUUGCUUCGAGGAGAACCCGACUUUUCAAGAACAGAUUCCCCGUGUGCCGAGCGACUACUUGCUGAACACGGGCCUCAAUCAGGCUGAAAUCGAACAGGAACGCCAAAUUAUCGAGAAUCGUCUUCGUCGAACUCCAUCCUCUUAUUUCCGUGAUGAUCUCAAUAAGGCCAACGAACCCGAGAUCAUUGCUCGCCGUCGCGUAUCUGGCUUGCCUGUCCGCGGUGCUCAGUUGAGGGGAUUGGCCGCUUCUCUCGGAAAUCACAUCUACACUCCAACUCUCAUCGAUGGUCACCUUUACUAUGUGGACAAUGAAGAGGCUGCUUUGAAAACUGCACGAAGCGUUAACUCCUCUGAUCAACCCGAAGAAGGAGUCAAUACUUGUCGAACAAUCGGAAGCAGAAUUUUCACAAAGCCCCUCGGUUUCUCGGUGCCAAUGGACAUUUUGGAGCGACUUUUGCCCCAAGAAAUGAUAAAAUCUCUGGCUAGAGGACUUAUGACUGAAGUUUUGAAUGGUCGUUUUACUCUUGGAGAACAGGAAGCUUUUGCUCUGGCUUGUCUUGUCGAAGGAACAGGUCCAUCACAAUAUACUACAACUGCUGCUCCAUUUUUUUCCGAAUUGAGCCUCAUAACAGCCGAAAAUCCUUCAGCUACAUGGCUUCAAACGGCCGCGUACGAUUCGGACGCUGCUCUGCACACUGCUCGAACUCUUUGUGAUAUUCAUACGGCUCAUUCUGCUGCUCGAAGUUCAUCGGUUCACACGGCUCGCCGACGCAGUGGUUCUCGCACAGAUGGUCGCGGUAAAAUCCGGUCCGCUCCUCGUACACCCAAUCAACGCUCGGUCAUGACUGCUCGUUCUGCAAGUCGUACUCUCAUCAAUACGACCCGAUCUAACAGCAAUGCCAGCAAUCUCCAUAUCGCCCGUUGUGCAAGCCGUACUCGUGACGUCAAUCUUCGCGCUCAUCCCUCUGCUGCUCGUAGUUCAUCUGUUCAUACUGCCCACUCAAAUCGUGGAAAUUCCGCUCGUGCUGGUCGAAGUGGCAGUUCCAAUUCGCUUUGCACCGCAGAACUUGGCCCAUUUAAUACUGCCCGUUCACGCAGUGAUGUUCGCACUAGAGAACGUGGUGAAAUCGGGUCGGCUCCUCGUAUGCCUAGCCAACCCUCGGUUAGGACUGCUCGUUCUGUAAGUCGUACUCCAGUCAAUACGGCUCGAUCUAACAGCAAUCUCCGAACCGCCCGUUCUGCCUAUCGUACGCCAAUUAACACCGCUCGAUCGAACAGUGAUUUCCGCAAGCUCUCCUUCGCCCCGGCAACUUCUCCAUCUAUGCGGACCGCUCGUACUUCUUCAAAUGCAUCGCUGUCUGCUUCUCGUCCUUCACGCCCCAUCAGCCAAUCUCCAUCUCAGAAUGCUCGUGGACGUCUCUCAUCGGAUUCUUCAGUGAAGACUGCUCGUCUCGCAAGCCGUUCUCCAUCAAUCAAUACUGCCUGUUCACCUGCCUCCACUCCCGCCAACACUGCCCGCACUCGUUCCAACAGCUCGGUUCACACUGGACGCCCAUCUUCAAUUCCUGAUGCAUCGACGGCCCCUGCCAACGAUCAAAUCGUGGCUCCGACAAAUGUGAUUCUUCUUCCUGUACAGGGUGAGGAUAGUGUCCACGAGAUCGUGAAUCCAUCUCAACUUGUGCGCACUCCCUCUUCUGAUAAGCGUGCAGCUGCCGCCGUGUGCAGUGAUGUCCGUACUGCUCGCUCCAGCAACGAG